AAAUAGUGUCCCCCUCCUCCUGAGGCCAUUAGAGUAGAGUUGCCUGCGGAGGAGAAGGCUGUUGUAUGUUGAUCAAGAUGUUGUAAGGUUGUGCAAGCAAAUAAGCUUUCCUACAUUCAAUGACACGAUCUUGAUUCAUACCACCAAUGAUAGAGCGAGAGUACAAAAUGGAAAACGGUACCAUGGAUUCAAAUGUAACUAACGGAGGAAACACGAGCUAUGUUGGGUCUUGCACUCCCUCAGAAGACUACCAGCUUUAUAACCAGAUAUCUCUUGGACCAGCGGUUUUGAUUAUACUGAUAUUAGUGCUAUUGAAGAGGCGAACCUCCCGAUGGCUAGGCUGUUGUGAUGGUCGGCCUGGUAUAUUGCCACCCAUGGACAGCCUUGGGAGUGAAUACAACAGGUUUUCCUAUGCAAUGGCAUACGCAGCGAUGGCCGUGGCUGUGACUGUUCUGUUUUUUAACAAAAUAGAGGGGAAAACAGGGCAAGUCAUCCACUUAACAGGCCCUUCAUGGGUAAAAGUGUUCGAUGGCAUUUUGACUGUUAUUUUGUUGGGUAUCAUUUUUCUACCGAUUUUUUUUUGCCUGUCUACAAAUGCAAGGCUUCUUGGUGCAGUAGUGGGAUUAUUCUACACUGCUAUGAGGUUUACCUUUCUAGUGGUUGUCGCUCUUCGCUGCCCCUUGGACCAAGAUUCUGUGUUUAAAGCUUGGCCCAUCUUUGUUGACCUGCCUACUUUGAUGGCUUACUUAUUCCUCAUGGGUCGUUUUCUAAUGAUAUCUGUGAAAGAAAUCAGGAAGUUCUACAAGAAACUUAAAACUAGAUCUGAACUACUUUGUGGGACUAAACCAGAGUUUAAAGUGAAUCAGUUAUACAUUGCUCAUGUGAAGACUCUCCUUGAAGGAAAGGAAAAGUCAAAUUAUGGUGAAAAAGUCAAGUGGUACAAGAAAGGACGCAAUUUUGUAUACACUCCAAUCCCUGAUUUUAAGUACUCCAUGUCAAUUUUAUCCACGGUCAUUGUGGGUGGUAUUAUCAUCUAUGAGGUGGUGGUUAUAGAAAUUGGUGAAGUAUCUGGAUAUUUUAUCAAGUUAAAGGAAAGUUAUGUCAGCAACAAGAAGUAUUCUAUUUCUAAGAUGGGGGAAGAAAACUAUAAUUCCAAAGUUCGUAUCUAUGAUAUUCUCAUCGCCACCUUCAUCGUUUCCUCAAUUGUCGCAGCCCUUUACAUGUACUUCCAGAUGUACCGGAUGCUAUUAGCACACAGACAACAUGUUAUCAAGCUUAUGCAAGGAGACAGACGAUUCCUUCCCAGAAAAAUGCCCACACCAGAUAUUCUAGUGGGCAUGAGUCUGCGCUUCUGUGGAUACCAGAUUGCGUACUUUCUAUGGGGCUACCUUAUCAUGUUUGCCAUCCUGGUGGCUUUGGUGUUGUUCAUAUCACUGUGCGUUGAGAUAUUCCCGUCGCUGCUCGACCCUGCGAUCAUCAAUAUCAUGAUUAACAUACUAAUGGGCCUUGUGCCUACGGUCGCUUUGGCCUUGUUUGUGUGGCUUUUUCAGAAGAUACUGGCGGUCUUCGUCUUCAAGGAUCGGUCUAUAAAUAGCAAGGUCGUCAACAUUGACAACAGGCGCUGUUACCUUCUGUUAUCGUUUUUCUUCUUCUUCUUCAACAUCCUGGUGGGUCUUAUGUCGUGCGUCCUGCGCAUCCUCAAAGGCAUGCUACUAGGAAUCAUGUUCAUCGGGAGAAUCGAUCGCCCGCUCCUCAUGAAGGGGUUCACGGGAAUGGAUACUGCAUACAUGGCAUAUCUUGGCUUUCUUCAUCUCCAAGUCGCCCAUAAACACCCUGUGAUCCUCGUAUACUGCUACAUUCUCUGGAACGAGGCUUACAAGCGACGGCUCGGACGUAAUGAAGAGAAGUUCUCAUACCUUAAUGGAGAAGAACGACUCACAGACCCCGAAAAGGGACACGAGCUGCCCACGUAUCCGCGCGUGUCUGCGCGGGCGCUCAACAAGUGGUUCGUGGCGGUCACGAUCAUCAGGAAUCCAUCGCUUAUUCUUAACCGGAAGGGCUUUCUCAAAAACGUCAUCCUUGGACUAUCACGCCCCGAGGAAAGCUGUUUAGACCAAGCUAGGGACCCCAGGAAUGGCGGGAAGAUCGUCGACGCGUGGCAAAACGCCGUCCAAAGUGCGCUUGAAAAGAAUGCCGGGAAUGAGUCUGCACUCGCUAAGCAUGACGGGAAUAAUGCGUCUGUUUCCGAACACAAAAGUACUCCUUCUGAAACGGUUAUACGUUUCGUAUGAUUUCGUUCUUGAUUGCUUUUUUCAAUCUCAGUCUCGUUUUUUUAUAGAUUAUGUCUCAUACAUUUACUGUAUUUUUGGCUGCUAGAAAGGGGGGGGGUUGGGCCCUCUGGGCCACCCCCCUGGCCACGCCCCUGCAGCAAACAGAUACAUAGAUAGCUUUAUUAGUCCUUUGCAGCCAGUAGGAUGGAAUACGGACAAUACAAUUUAAUAUUAAAUAUCAUAAUGCGUAAAACUAUUAUGUAUACUAAGCUAAAACAAAGUAAUAUAUUACAAGGAAUUAGAAUGCUGCAAUAUGCAUUAUUAAACUAUUUUGGAACCUAUUUGCUCGAUAAUAAUAAUUUAUUGAUUUCUAUAGCUUUACAAUAUAUAGGAUAGAACAUAAGAUAUAAUUACAAUAAAAUAUGGCAGAUUAAUUACAAAAAAUCUAUAUCUUAAUUGAAAUAAAUACAAUAACUAAUAAA